GAUGUAACGUUCCAGUUCAACAUUGAAUCCAUGUAGCAUCAACCAUGAAUUCAAAUGAUCGCAAGUGAUGAGGAAGUGUGACUGCCCUGUGCAGACUUUGAGCAAUGCCUCCUCUGAAUGACGGCCCAUGUGUCGCCGACGCCCAUGCGCCAGCAUGCCGCCCUCGGCAGCCCACAGCGGCGCUCUCGCGCCCGCCUGCGCGCGGCGGCGUGCCAGCGGGUUACGCAGGCCAGCACACUGGGCGCGGCGCGCUGGGGGCCUCUCCUGGCAAAACCAUGUUUCACUGCAGGCUCUGGGUACUUCAGGGCCUUCUUUGAAAGGCACCUGCUUAAGCAGAUGGCCUCUGCCUGGGUGCUGCUCCUUGGCCACCCUCCUGAAUUGCGUCUUCCCGCAGGCUCCAACCACACGGGUGAAAGACUUUCCGAGAUUGUGGACAGCCUGGGUGGUGAAGCAAGCACAAAUAAACAUGGCGCCACGCAGGCUUCGUCUUCGCGCCGAGCUGCAGUAGUGCGCCAGAUCGAGAGCAUUGACAAAUCAUGAACGCUGGCUACACGCAGAUUGCGAAGCCCACUGUCGCUUGCGGCAAAUCGCGGUGCACUCAGACGACUGCGGUGCCCCAUUAGUAUAAACAUCCAAGGUUCUGAGCCACUCACUGGAUGCAACGCUACACUGGAGCCGACGGAGUGGCCACCGAACACCCAUGCCACGAUCCACAAGUCAUCCUUAGGCGCUUCUCUGAUGAAUAGGACGGUAUGUUUGCCGUCACCGUUCAGCAUCCUGCAAUACUGCAUUACGAUUUGCGCCUUGCACAGAACUCACAGAGUCGAUCGGUGUCGCGUGUCACGACCUGCGACCCGGUGGAUAAUGGAUAUCGUCCAGCGCCUGCGCACGAGAAAGAGAGACAACGGAAACCACACCAGCUUCCAAUUCUCCUCCUCAUCCCUCCUGCGACUUGCAGAUCAAACCUAAGCAGAGCGAGCUGCACGGAUCGAGAGAGGCUUGGUCCACAAACAUGCACCAGAGCCACUACAAUAUGAUUCGCCAGCGCAAUUGACGGCGAUCAUAUAAAAUAGAAUCCUUGAUGUUCUAUAAGCGUGGAGGGUGUAUCGCGUGGCGGAAGAGAGUAGGCUGCCUUUCGCGGGGCGCAGGGGGGGAUCGGUUGCGGGUUCGGUGCGCGUCGUGGACCAUGACGAGUCGAAGGGCAGGGCUGCGUGGGUUGGGUGCUGCUGAGCACACACUUUGGAAUAAGCUCUGCAUGCACGAACCCAGAGGCAUGAUCGUCAGGUGACGAUGGCGGCGGGCGAAGACGGCGCCUCGGCGGCUGAGGAAGGGCGCUAGAACAUGCUGUAUGCGGCAGCCUGCGUCAGGUUUGAGUCU